UUUUACUCCGACACCGGCAGCCGGCGAAAGUUUACACCGGAGCCCGGCAGACCGGUAAAUCUACACUUCUGCAUACAAAUUGGAGAAGAUCCGAAGAUUGAGGGAUCAAAUCAGAGGUGUUGGUGAAACAGCAAUGGCGGAAUUUUGGGAUAGUAUUUUGUAUGUGUAAGUUAGGGUGUAAAAAGGAUGUCUGGAGGCGAUCACAAUGAUCACGCUGUGCAGUUGCGAUCGAGUUCUUCGUCUUCAGGUGACGAUUUGGAAGGCCAAGUUUCAUCUGUAAGAAGUAGUAAAGGCAUUAAGGAUCUGUGGAAAAAGUUGGAUCGACGGUUUUCUGGUCGACGUCUUAGUAUCAAGCGGCGGUUGCCUAAGGGAAACCGGUCAGAUUUCGAUUAUGCGACCGCUAGCCGUAGUGGAGGCGGUGGCGUCGUUGCUGGUGGUGAUGAGACCCUUGGAGAUGGUGCUCCUCCCGAAUGGGCGCUGCUGCUUAUUGGAUGUCUUCUUGGCUUGGCUACCGGUCUCUGUGUCGCUGCCUUUAAUCGUGGGGUGCAUGUAAUACAUGAAUGGUCUUGGGCUGGUACCCCUAAUGAAGGUGCUGCUUGGCUACGUUUACAGAGGCUGGGUGACACUUGGCAUCGGAUACUUCUAAUACCUGUCACUGGAGGAGUCAUCGUUGGGGUGUUGCAUGGGUUACUUGAAAUAUUACACCAGAUAAAACAGUCAAAUCCUGGACAUGAUUUUAACCUGCUUUCUGGAGUCUUUCCAACCGUGAAGGCUAUCCAAGCUGCUGUAACCUUAGGUACUGGCUGUUCUUUGGGUCCUGAAGGACCUAGUGUAGAUAUCGGGAAAUCAUGUGCCAAUGGAUUCUCAUUAAUGAUGGAAAAUAACAAGGAACGCAGGAUAGCUCUUGUUGCAGCUGGUGCAGCUGCUGGCAUAUCUUCAGGUUUCAAUGCAGCAGUAGCUGGUUGUUUCUUUGCCAUUGAGACUGUGUUAAGGCCUCAAUUUGCUGAAAACUCCCCUCCUUUCACAACUGCAAUGAUAAUAUUGGCAUCAGUCAUUUCAUCAACUGUAUCAAGUGUUAUACUUGGAGAAAAGCAGGCUUUCACAGUGCCGGAGUAUGAUUUGAAAUCUGCUGCUGAACUACCUCUCUACUUGAUCUUGGGAAUGCUAUGUGGUGUGGUUAGUGUGCUAUUUACUCGCUUAGUAGCUUGGUUCAACAACACAUUUGCAUAUAUCGAAGAAAGGUUUGGACUUCCUGCUAUUGUUUCUCCAGCAUUAGGUGGUCUAGGAGCAGGGUUGAUAGCUCUAAAAUAUCCAGGAAUUCUUUACUGGGGCUUCACUAAUGUUGACGAAAUUUUGCAUACCGGGAAGACAGCUUCAGCACCCGGAAUCUGGCUAUUAGCGCAGUUAGCUGCCGCAAAAGUUGUGGCUACGGCUCUUUGCAAAGGUUCAGGGCUUGUUGGUGGUCUGUAUGCACCAAGUUUGAUGAUAGGUGCUGCAGUUGGUGCCGUUUUUGGAGGUUCAGCAGGGAAAUUAAUUAAUUCAGCCAUAUCAGGAAAUGCUGCUAUUGCUCAGCCGCAGGCAUAUGCAUUAGUUGGAAUGGCUGCUACCUUGGCUUCUGUUUGCUCUGUGCCCUUGACUUCAGUUCUGCUUCUGUUUGAGCUGACAAAGGAUUAUAGAAUCUUGCUUCCUCUUAUGGGAGCUGUUGGAUUGGCAAUAUGGGUGCCAUCCGUAGCGAACCAAUCUAAGGAGGCCGAGGGAUCUGAUACAAGGAGUUCAUCAAGAGGUUAUUCCUUUCUUUCACCAAUUGAUGACAAAACUGACGAUUGGAGACAAAAUGGCGAAGAUGAUUUGGAACUUUGCAUAAUGGGACCUGGUGAUAGCCAUGAAGCAAUUGAUGAGGAUAUUAUUCUCGAGGAUUUGAAGGUUUCUCAGGCUAUGUCAAACAGCUAUCCGAAAGUCCUAUUAUCAUCAACUGUUAAUGAGGCUGUAAAAAGCAUGAACGAUGGCCAACAAAGUUGUGUGCUGGUUGUAGAUCGUGAAGAUCACUUGGAAGGGAUUCUGACCUAUGGUGACGUUAAAAGGGGCAUUCUUAAGACCCCUAAUGGAUCCUCCGACAGUGGUUCAUCAACUUCAGAUUUAAGUGAGUAUUUGGUCUCUUCCAUCUGCACUCGAGGGAUAAACUAUCGUGGAAGAAAGCGUGGACUUCUAACUUGUUAUCCCGAUACAGAUUUGGCAAUUGCUAAAAAACUUAUGGAGGCCAAAGAAAUUAAGCAAUUGCCUGUGGUACAGCAUGUUGUCGAUUUUCAAGAAGAAAGAAAGCGAAGGGUUGUUGCCAUUCUCUAUUACCAUUCGAUCUGGAGCUGUCUCAGAGAGGAGCUAAAUCGCCGAGGCACACGGAGGACGGAAGACCAUUUUGUAGAGAAGAGUUGCAAUGGGUAGUGAUGGGAUCAUUAGAAUGACAAAAGGAUAGAUAAAGAGAAUAUGAUUAAUUCGAUAAGUAACAAUAAAGGUUGUUAACGAUUUGGCAAAUAUCGUGUUUCGAAUUUGAUAGAAGAAACGUUUAUGUAUCGUGUUUCGAAUUUGAUAGAAGAAACGUUUAUGUAUCGUGUUAGUUAUGUUUCGUGUCGAAAUGCUUAUGAAGUUACGUGUAUAGUCGUAUUAUCUUACAAGCCCAAUAGUUUGUUCAGACUUGUAAAGCGGUUUUCAUGUAUGAAACAUUUGUGAAGAUGUGUUUAUAGAAUGUUAUACCAUACGUGAAACGUUCCAAGACUCUUUUUUCACGUGUAAAACAGUCUUGAACAUUUCACAUAAGAUACAAUGCACUGUAUUAACACUU